CCUCCUCCUCUAUACGCCAUCACCAUAAUUUCCAUUUCCCUUGGACACAAGAUAGAUAUCUCUCAUUAUUCCUCAAACUCCUAUGGAUAAUUUGCUCAAACAAAUGGGGUCAAGAUAUCCUAAGCCUCAACAGAACAGAGAAGCACAAAGCAAUAGAACAGACGUAUAUUUGGCUCCACACAAAUCUCCAUCGUUUAGAGAGAAAAAAACAUUUGGGAACUGGUUGGGGAGACAAUUUUCACGCCAAAUGAGUCGAGGGAAUGAGUUCUCCGACGACGGAAUAGAACGUGUAGCCGCGGUUGCAGCGGCUGUCUUUGCAAUUCAUUUGGUUGAAGAAUCAGAAUUCUCAAAACCUCUGAAGAAGAUUGAUCGUCCUAAAUCGUCGACACUUCCAAGGAUAAGGAUCGUCGAAGAGGAUAACCGUACCCCGCCUCCACGUCCGGCACCGGAACCUGAUAGGAUUUUACGGCCGUUCUCUAUAGAUGUUGCAAAGAAUCCUGAAGAAGCGACCGGCGAGAAACCGGCAGCGAAAACCGAACAACAAAAACAGAAACCAACGGGAAACAUAACCUUUCCUUCUCCACCCGUCGUGUACGACUACUCCGGCGACCGCGGAAGAACUGAAACAGAGAAACCGUUGCCAAUUCCUCGACCUCCAACUCCACCCAUCUCUCGAAAACCACCAACUACUCCAAUCCAAACAAGGCCUGAAGAAACCAAAGCAGAUCUCUGGGAAAAAGCAGAGCUUGCUAAAAUCCAAGAGAGAUACCAGAAGGUAAACGAGACAAUUUCUUACUGGGAAACGAAGAAGAGAGAAAAAGCCAUACGCAAAUUUGAAGCAUCACAGGUCUUGGGAACAAAGAGGAGUGAGAGGGAAAAAGGAAGAAAAAAGUUCGAGGAAGAUAUGGAAUUUAUCAAGCAAAUUGCUGGAGAAGCAAGAAGCAAAGCAGAUCGUAAGAAAAAGAAUGAGAUUCUUAAAGCUAAUCGGAAAGCUGAUAUUAUUAGACAAACAGGGGACCUUCCUGUUUCUUGUUACUGCUGCUGAAGAACAUUAACAACUAUGUUGACCAUCAAAUUACAAUGAUUUGACUGCUUUUUUUUCUUUUCUUUUUGUGUUUACAUGACCGAAUGAAUGCUUUGUGAACAAAAAUAAUCAAUAAUUCAGGUUGUUUUCAGAUGGGUUUUCUGUUUUACUCUGUUUUUCGCUACCAGCCCUGAUUAUGCUGAAGUUUCAUUUUUGAAGACAAAGACCACACAUCUAACAUAUAUUAUAUUAAUUAGUACAUGCAAAUUCAUCAUAGGUUAAGGUUUAGCAUAUAAUGCAAACCCUUAUCUACAAAGAAAUUACACAAACCACAUAAAAAUAAAAAAGAACAGUUGCCGAAAAGUGUCAUUUCUUCAAAAAUCCAGCCAUUUCAGCCAUUUCCGAGAAACCCCCACCCUCAAAUCCUCCGUCUUUCUUCUCGGCGGCGUUCUCCUUCUUCGGCGGCUCCUCUGCCUUUGUCGGCUCGGAGCCGGAACCAUGAGGAGCAGAAUGAGACCCUUCGUACUCAUGGAGAUAGUUCUCAGCCUUCUCAACAUACAUACCAAAACCUUUGGUUUGAUCCAAUUUUCCAUAAUCGGAAGCAGCUCCGAGAAGGUCGGCAGUGGCACCGGCGACUUUGCCCUUGUCAACAGAGUCGCUGCCGCCGCCAAAAGAUGACUUGGCGGCGUCAGCAACCAGUUUGGCGCUGGAUAAGAGAUCGGAAGCCGAUGUCUUGUGGUGGUCGGGGUUUUGGUCUUCUGGCUUGUCGGUGGCAUCGCUGCUGAGUUUCUUCAGGAAGUCCAUGAAUGCUUAUGAAAAUGUAAACAAAACUUGAAAACAGUUCGAUUUUUUUGUUUAGUUUUGUUU